UAGGCCGGGGAGUCUCUCCACUUUUUAGCUGAGCUUCUCUCUCCAGCGUCGGCCAUUUUGGAGUGACGGUUACCGCCGCAGUGAACGAUGGCUUUCAGUGGAACGUGGCAGGUGUACGCGCAGGAGAACAUUGAGGAGUUCCUCAGGGCUAUCUCACUGCCAGAGGAUGUCAUCAAGGUGGCCAAAGACGUGAAGCCCAUUACGGAGAUCCAGCAGAACGGCAACGACUUCGUGGUCACCUCCAAGACCCCCCGGCAGUCCGUCACAAACUCCUUCACCAUCGGCAAGGAAGCCGACAUCACCACCAUGGACGGCAAGAAGCUAAAGUGCACAGUCAGGAUGGAGGGCGGCAAGCUCAUCUGCCAGACGGACAAGUUCAGCCACACCCAGGAGAUCAAGGGAGACGAGAUGAUUGAGUCGCUGACCAUGGGCUCCACCACUCUCAUCCGGAAGAGCAAGAAAGUCUGACAUCAUGCACAGAGCAGGGGGAGGGGCCUGGCUGCUUGGGAGACAGCAUUGGCUAUGUAAAUAAAGCUUGUCAUUUGACUGACAAAA